AGAAUGAGCCCACCAGAACUCAGCCCUGGCACAACCUCCUUCGAGAAGUCUUUUUGAACUCCCAGCCCGCGCCCCAGGCUGCAGACCCACCCCAGCCAGAGCCUGGCGUGCAGCAGAACCAGUCGCUCCUCCCUCUUGGGCACUGCUGCCAUGAACACCUUCCUGCUCUCUGCACUGUGCUUCCUUGGGACCUGGACAGUCCUGGCAGGGGGAGUCACUGUGCAGGAUGGAGAGUUCUCUUUUCCUCUGGAGUCCGUGAAGAAGCUCAAAGACCUCCAGGAGCUCCAGGAGCCCGGCAUUCGGAACCAUAGGAAGAGUGGUGGACCGGUGGUUCCCAAGGUCUGCAGCCACCAGAAGUUUCCGGAAGAACUCAAGCCUCUCUGCAAGGAGCCCAAUGCUCCAGAGAUCCUCCAAAGGCUGGAGGCCAUCGCCGAGGACCCGGAGUCGUGCGAGAUCUGUGCCUUCGCUGCCUGUGCUGGAUGCUAGGAAGGUCGGCUCGCUGCCUCCUGACCCCUCCCCCGCAGAUGCUCCCAAGGCCCGCAGCUCCGCCUACCCUGCCCCCAGGGGAGGAGUGAAGAGGGCGUGGCCCGGGGCGACCUGCGCAGGCCCGGCCCCUGACCCGUCCGGAGCUGCCACUGCCCCCCAAGAUCCACUGCGACCCUCAGCCAAUAAACCAGAUCCCAGAGUA